AUGUCUCGAGUUCCAGCAAUUAAGUUUCUGCAAAGUAUCAAAAACGCGACCAAGAGAAACAUUGUCUACCAAGUCACAAAGGAAGUUUGGAAUACACCUGAUUGUUCCCACUUCCAAUAUGUAUCCAUCAAGGUGACACUUGGUUUGCUUACCAUUAAGAAUAGGAAUCCCAACCACACUAGUCACGGUGACCCUGCUAGACAUGCUACGGUUCGUAUGGCGACAGCAGCUCAGGUAGCUCGAGGCACGGGUCAGACUGUGCACAUCUAUUACGACGAGCAUACAGGUGCAUACACGGGAUACAGGCUUUUCUCUGAGCGACAAAACAAGCCAGAAGAUUUUCCACAAGCUUGA